CUAAACCCUCCAACUACCCUACUCACCAUCAUGCCUUACAACUGCUGCCUGCCCAACUUUAGCUCCCGCACCAGCUGCUCCUCCAGGCCCUGCCUGCCUCCCAGCUGCUGUAGUUGCACCCUCCCCGGGGCCUGCAACAUCCCUGCCAAUGUGGGCACCUGUGGUUGGUUCUGUGAAGGCUCCUUCAAUGGCAAGGAGAAGGAGACCAUGCAGUUCCUGAAUGACCGCCUGGCCAACUACCUGGAGAAGGUGCAGCAGCUGGAGCUGGAGAAUGCUGAGCUGGAAGGUAGGAUCCGGGAAUGGUGCCAACAGCAGAUCCCCUACGUGUGCCCAGACUACCAGUCCUACUUCAAGACCAUUGAGGAGCUUCAGCAGAAGAUCCUGUGCACCAAGUCUGAGAACACCAGGCUAGUGGUAGGCAUUGACAAUGCCAAGCUGGCUUCUGAUGACUUCCGAACCAAGUAUGAGACUGAAGUGUCCCUGCGCCAGCUGGUGGAGGCUGAUAUCAACAGCCUGCGCAGAAUCCUGGACAAUCUGACCCUGUGCAAGUCUGACCUGGAGGCCCAAGUGGAGUCCCUCAGGGAGGAGCUUGUUUGCCUGAAGAGGAACCAUGAAGAGGAGGUCAACUCCCUGCGUGGCCAGCUUGGUGAUAGACUCAAUGUGGAGGUGGAUGCUGCCCCAACUGUGGACCUGAACAGGAUACUGAAUGAGACUCGGGCUGAGUAUGAGGCUGUGGUGGAGAACAACCGCAGAGAUGUGGAGGAAUGGUUUACUACUCAGACAGAGGAACUGAACAAGCAGGUGGUGUCCAGCUCUGAACAGCUGCAGAACUACCAGACUGACAUCAUUGAGCUGAGACGUACUGUCAAUGCCCUGGAGGUUGAGCUGCAGGCCCAGCACAACCUGAGAGAUUCUCUGGAAAAUACACUCAACGAGUCCGAGGCCCGUUACAGCUCCCAGCUGUCCCAGAUACAGUAUAUGGUCACCAAUGUGGAGUCCCAGCUGGCUGAGAUCCGUGGUGACCUGGAGAGACAGAACCAAGAGUACCAGGUUCUCCUGGAUGUUAGAUCUCGGCUAGAGCGCGAGAUUGCCACAUACCGUAAUCUACUGGAGUGUGAGGAUUCCAAGCUGCCCUGCAAUCCAUGUGCCACCACCAAUGCACGUGGCAACUCCUGUGGACCCUGUGGCAGGUCUUGUUCCCGCAUCUGUUGAAUUCCCAUCUCUUAGUUUCACUAUGUAAACUCAGGAUGGGAAAGAUUAUUUGAUCCUGACUUCUGACUUAGCUCAGUUCUCAAAGACAAUAGCAACAUUUUGGUUCUUUUCCCAUCAUCCCCAUUUCUGUCAAUUAUGCCACCAUUUUCAGGAUCUCCCAUGUACUGCAGUGAGUUCCAAAGUCAACAAGCCAAGAAUGGCAUCAUCAACUCCCAAUUGGUUGGAAAAAUGCUUAAUGGGAAGCAUUGAAGCCUCUUAAUUUCUGAUGAUGCCCAACUCCCUAUUACUCAGUCACAUGCUAUUACUUUGGGGUGUUUCCUGUACAGAUGGUGUUUCCGCCUUCCUUGCUCCUUCACCAUCUUCUGGAAUGCAAGGAGGUACCUUCACUUACCUUCCAAUAAACUUUAUU